UUUUUUUUUUUUGAAUCUACUAUAUUAAAUUUAAGCGUUACUUAUUAUUGUCUGGAAAUGCGCAAUCCCAGGGGGGUCCUUUAAAUAUUAAUCUAUUUUGAAAGUUUCAGAUUAAAGGACAUUACUUCUUUAUCAAUAAAUUGCAUAACAAUUACGAGUAAAAACGUAGCUGACCUUUAAGCAGAAGCAUUUUUAUUACAGUUAUUAUUCAAAUGAGGAAAUUCAAAUGGGAAAAAAUGCGCGUUCCCAGCUCUACUUCUGCCAUGGAUCAUAAGCGCAGUAUAACCGAUUCUUAUGCAAAUAUAGAAUUUGACAAACCAAGAGAUACAAAUUUAGACGGUGCACCCCUCGACCUGUCGAAUAGGAAAAUAUCCGGUUUUGUCAAUCAAGCUUUAUCAUCAAAUAGUGAUUUGUAAAGUGUAGAGUGCAAGUGAAAUAUGGAAAUGUAUGCAAAGCAUUUACUUACAUGUCAAUUGAAAAUGAAUUCAAGAAAGAUAUCUACACUAUAUUAAAACACUAAAAUGAGCAAUUAUGUAAAAAGUCACCAGAACUAGUGAAUCAUUCUGGGAUGAUAAUUAUUUAAUUAAUCCUACUACAAAAAAAAAACAAAAUUAAGUACACUUUUUUGAUAAAGAAUGGUUCACAAAAAGUGACCAGGUCAUGAAACAUUUCACAUAAUUUACAUAUAGAUGAUAUCAAAAAAAGAUUUAAGUCAUGAUAGUAGUGGAAGCAGUUCAUCUUCAAAUAUUAGAACGGUCUCCUCGACAGAAGUCAAAGCAAGUUCAAUUAAAAACAAUCUGACAGAGCUGAAGCGUGGCAUCUCUGAAAUGAAAAAUAUUUCAACUAAUUUUCAAAGAUUACGUAAUAGUAUGGAAAAUUUGGUUGACAGAGAUGCAUAUGGAAGGCAAAAUUACGAAGUUGAGGAACCGCUAGUUACAUUUCCGGAUCCAGAUACGCCACCAGCCAAUGAUAAUACUACAAUUUUAUCUAGUGUUACAGCAUCACCAGUUAGUUCGGUUGAUUCUUUUGGUGCAUUUGAUGACAUUGAUAAUUCUUUAAAUAUGACUGAUAUGCAAGGUAUUAAAAAUCAUACAACUAGCAGUGAUACUAUGAAAUUUGAACAGAAGAAAAUGACAAGAGCAUCAUCCACAAAGUUAAUAACCGAAGGAUUUUGUGCUGAAAAAGCUAUUGCAAACAGAGCAGAAACUAGAGCUUUACAAACAGGAGAUGUGUCCUACAAAGGAAAAAGUGCAGAAUCCACAUCAGUAGCACGAAUGGAACUCGAAGGUCUUUCAUCGGAAAAUAAAAUAGCAGCAGCUCAAGAACAUAAAUGCUUGAAAUCCAGUGACAUUGCCGUCGAGCAAAGCUCCAACAUGGCUUCAACUUUGAAAGUAGAAAAUGAGUUGUUUAACUCCGAAAAGAUAGCUACUGCCGCUCAACAACAGAGACAAACAAUCACUGCUGCUAGUUUAUUUAAUCGUGAGAAACAUGUAACAACAAGCUCACAGUCAAGUAUUACUAUUGCUUCAAAGUCCUUGGGCGUUACAUCCUCCUCUAGAGCAUCUGUUAUGCAUACGAAAAAUCCAUUGAGUCAAUUAAUAGGUGGUAGCAAAAUGAUAUCUGGAAGGCCUGUUGAUGAUGACUUGCUUAUUAUUUCACUAGAUGAUUUAGAUCUAUUAUCAUGUGAAUCUAAAACGCAAGACGUUGAAUUAGCUAUUUCAAAAUACUCCGAAUUUCUAAAUAAUUUAGUGGAACAUUUAGCAAACACUGAAGGAAAAUUAGCAUCCAAUAUUGACAGAGCACCAUUAUUACUUGAUCGAGUUAAUGAAAUAAUUAGAAAGGCUUGGUCUGUUCCAACUCAUGGACAUGAACUAGGUUAUAGCUUAUGUAAUACGUUACGUCUAAGAGGAGGUCUUGAUCUUUUAAUGUCAAAUUGUAUAGCAAAUGAUGACCGAUUGCAAUUUUCAUCAGCUCGCUUGUUAGAGCAAUGUUUGACUACCGAAAAUCGAGCAUACGUAGUAAAUAAUGGAUUAGAAAAAGUUGUAAAUGUUGCUUGUGUAUGCACAAAAAAUACCAAUUCUGUGGAGCAUGCACGCAUUGGAACCGGAAUUCUUGAGCAUCUUUUCAAACAUAGUGAGACAACGUGCAGUGACGUUAUUCGAUUAGGUGGCCUUGAUGCUGUUCUUUUCGAAUGUAGAAAAAAUGAUGUAGAAACUCUUCGACAUUGUGCUGGUGCUCUAGCAAAUCUUUCACUCUAUGGUGGUGCAGACAAUCAAGAAGCAAUGAUCAAAAGAAAAGUUCCUAUGUGGCUUUUUCCGUUAGCUUUCCAUAAUGAUGAUAACAUCAAGUAUUAUGCUUGCUUAGCAAUUGCUGUACUUGUAGCUAAUAAAGAAAUAGAGGCGGCUGUUCUUAAAUCUGGAACUUUAGAUCUCGUUGAACCUUUCGUUACUUCACACAAUCCGUAUGAAUUUGCAAAAUCAAAUUUAGCGCAUGCACAUGGUCAGAGUAAAAACUGGUUAGAAAGAUUAGUUCCAGUACUGAGCUCCAAACGAGAAGAAGCCAGAAAUCUAGCAGCAUUUCAUUUUUGUAUGGAAGCUGGUAUUAAAAAGCAACAAGGCAAUACAGAAAUAUUCAGGAUGAUUGGAGCAAUCGAACCAUUAAAAAAAGUGGCCAGUUGUCCUAAUGCUAUUGCUUCAAAAUUUGCAGCUCAAGCUUUGAGACUUAUUGGUGAAGAAAUUCCUCAUAAACUAAGUCAACAAGUGCCAUUAUGGUCGUCUGAAGAUGUACGGGAAUGGGUGAAGCAAAUCGGUUUUGCUGAAUAUGCUAAUAAUUUUGUAGAAAGUAGAGUUGACGGUGAUCUUUUGCUUCAAAUAACAGAGGAAAAUCUUAAGGAAGAUAUUGGUCUUACAAAUGGUAUAAGAAGACGAAGAUUUACUAGAGAAUUGCAGAAUUUAAAAAAAAUGGCUGAUUAUAGCAGUAGGGAUACUGGGAAUCUUAAUAAUUUUCUUCAGCAAGUUGGACAAGAGUUUUCUAUCUAUACGUAUAGCAUGCUUAAUGCUGGUGUUGAUAAAGAUUCCAUAAAGAAUUUAACCGAAGAUCAGUUACUUGCUGAAUGUGGAAUAACUAAUAGCAUUCAUAGAUUAAGAAUUUUAGAUGCUAUAAAAAAUAUCCAAUACAAUCAAUUUAAUCCAUGUGAAAAUGAAUCACCAGAUAAGUCCCUCGAUGUUUUUGUAAGUUAUAGACGGUCAAAUGGCUCACAAUUAGCGAGUUUAUUAAAAGUUCAUUUACAAUUGCGAGGAUUCUCAGUCUUUAUUGACGUAGAAAGACUUGAAGCUGGAAAAUUUGACAAUAAUCUUUUACAAAGUAUCAGACAAGCUAGGCAUUUUUUAUUGGUACUUACACCUAAAGCUCUAGAAAGAUGUAUAGAAGAUACAGAAUGCAAAGAUUGGGUGCACAGGGAGGUUGUUGCGGCAUUACAAUCACAGUGCAAUAUUAUUCCUAUAAUAGAUAAUUUUCAAUGGCCAGAACCAGAGGAACUUCCCGAAGAUAUGAGAGCUGUGUGCCAUUUCAAUGGCGUUCGAUGGAUUCAUGAUUAUCAAGAUGCAUGUGUAGAUAAAUUAGAGAGGUUUAUGCGAGGAGAAAUUCCAGUUCGAUGUGAUACAACUAGUAGUAUUUCUCGAAGUACAGGAUCUAAAGAUCUUAUAACACCUGGAACUCCAGUCGGAAAUAGUAUUCGUCAACCACCAAACUAUCAAAGAAUGCAUAGUAAUGAAAGUCGCAAUAGUGACAAAGAUUCUAACAAUGGAAAAGAUUGACUUCCCAUCUCCUUUUCUAAAAAUUAAUUAAAACCAUCAAUUUUUUCUUUUGUUUACAAUUCUUUUUUACUUUUAUUAUCUUAUUGUCACUCCGAAAACAAUAUUAUAAUAAAAAUAUUAGAAAAUUUUUGUACUUAA